ACAUCCUGAGGUCGGUUUUCGCUUGAGUCUGCGCUUGACCUGACCACUGUCAUAACCAGCUAUUGGUCAUGCUCCAAAAGAACAAAACACUUCAAGCUGGGGGUGUGGCCUCAGAAGUAUGGGGGUAUUCCGUGGUGGUCUUGCUGCCUACUACCAAAUGGACAGUUGCUGGCUACCGUUUCCGACAAUCGCCCAAUGGUUGUUGACAACAACGACAUUUUGAUGCAUGACAGUAGCACUUGGCUUUUCCUCAUCACCCAACAACUUUCCCUCAUGCAUCGAUGCGUGGGAAACCGGCAUACGGGGCAGGGUGACGAAAAGGCGGGGUUAGCUGUUGAGAGUAGCUGCAUAUUGCAAUGUGGCAGUGUUCGUUGGUUAGGUACGGUGCCUUUACGCCUUCGCCUUGGAUUUAAGAUCUGAAUCAUUUUCUUCCUACUCGACCCCCUCAUCCGACCGUUUGUUCCAGUCUUCAUUGCGCUUUCAUGGUUCUGACGGAUUCAAUUUUCUGGGCAUCAAACGCAUUUCGAAGUUCGCCUUUCUUCUUGACAAGAACAUAAAAACUCAGACAACAUGACAAACCUCAAGUCUACCGCAGAUCCGCCUCCUUAUUACCCCCCUUCCAUCGCCGACGAGAUCACCACCUGGUUCCUCGACGAAUACUCGGUUCUCCAUAAACGAGUUUCCGAGCUCAGCCGAGUCCUCGGACACAAAGUAAUCAUUGAAGCCGACUGGCAGCGUCUGCUGGACGAGUUCGGCGAACAACUACAACCUACACUCGUCGAAGCAGCCAGUGACAUUAUGCAAUUAUGGUGCGUUGAGCUGCAAUCGAUUCUUGAUCACCCGGAUAACGAUGAUUGGUUGACUCGGCUUCUCACCCGUCUGGUCAAAGCCAAUGGACAACUGAGGGUCAUGUUGGACGUGUGGGAGAAAACUCAGUUGGGUACGAGUUGGUCGGAUGAGAGAAAUGGUUUCCUCGUGCACUUGCCGAAGCAUUUUCUAUUUGUGAGGAGGGCGUUAAAAAGGGGAGAGAGUGUGAUUCGCGAAGAGUUCCAAAAGGAAUUGUUGUCGUGCUUCGUGACGACUGCAAAUGAUAAGGAGGACUCGAACCCCGAGCUGGGAAAGGAAGCGUGGACGGGAACAGCGACGGAGUCAUUGAAGCAGUUGAGUGUGAGGGACGAGAAGUCGGGAGAAGAAAGAUCAAGCACUGCGGCUGGAGCUGCUCCGGCCGCUGCUUGUAAAACACAGCCGAAUGUCGCGAACGCGAAGACGACCACGACCUCGUCUGCGUCUUCUACCAAGCCAAAACCAGCGAGCUUUCCUACUGUCGCUUCCCUCCCGCCGCUCUCCGAAAUCUGCUCGAACCCGCCCUACCAUAUCACCAUCCACGAUGGGUCAAGGCCUGGUUGGAUCAGCAUUCAUGGUAGCCACGGCGCUUCGCUGAAGCUCAUUGACAAAUACAUCAGCAAAUGGACCCCAGACGUCGUCAUGGAGAGCAAGGAUGCGCCGCCGACCAUUGACAGAGCGGCAAAUGGAGCGUUGACUACGCUGACAAUCAUGAAGGUCGUCGAAAAAAGGGGGGAAAGGAGGCCUUUGUCAGUAACGAUGCCGAUGGUGUUGGCGAUUAUAGAAGGCACGCUGGGCUAUGAAGUCGUCUGGCAGGGAAGCGGAGAGUACAGGUUGAGGAGAGAUGCGCCGUUUGUGUAAGGCGAGCGCCUGGUGAUAUGUAGUCCUCAUGAGUCUCAACGCGUUUUCAAUUGCGGCCAUCGGACCCGAGGUCGAUAAAGGCGGGUCGAAGAUAACCAGUGAUGUUGUCGCUGGCGAUCAACAAAACAAAGCCCCUGAGACCGGACCCUGGGUUCCUGAGAGGGAGCCUCAUUGCGGAUCGCGACUCGGAGUGGUGGAUCCCGUCAUGGCCGAUCAAUGGACAUAUGGCUUAUCUCUAACGACGAAAGGGCAUGAAUGGAAUGGGAGGCUCAUUUUGUUCGGUUUCUGCGGAAGUUGCAAUUAUAAGUAAAUUCGGACCCAACCCAUGUUGUUGUUUGAUGAGUGUCGUCGUGUGUCCGAGUUGUUUGACGCGAGGCGUUGCGUUGACGCGAGGGAGGUGACGUCGGAGAUAUGGUGGGUUCGAAGCGAUAGCGCCGACGGGAUUCGGCCAAGGCGACGGUUCCCCAAAAUCUUCAGGCUGAGGACACGACAGUUUCAGUGGAUGCUUCAGACCAAUGCACAAGGCUUUUAUC